CCUAGCUGCUAGAUCGUUAGUUGACGUCGGUCGUCGACGGUAGCUGAUCGAUCCAUCGGCGAAGUCGGAUAUAGGCUUGCUUUUUGACGACGAUAUCAGCGCGGCCACGGCAACGAGGAAGAAGGCCGGCGGAGAGGUGUGGCGAGGAGGCGCACACGGCAAACUUGGCUCGCCGGCCAAAAGAUAUGGAGACGGAGCCCGAGGAGUCGCGCACAGACGUGAACGCCCACGAAGCACGUCUCUACCGUGUUUUCUGGAACGACAUGUUUGCCAAAAAAUGCGGCUCUUACGGGGACACGACGUCUAUCCCUCCCAUGUGUUUCACCGACGGUAGCCACAUGGACGUCUACGGCAUAGUCGUGGCCCGCGACAUGGUGGAUCACAACCGUAAUAUCAUCUUCCAUCGCGAAAGAGACAACUGCCAAAGAAUCACCAAGCAGGAUCCGUAUCUUGCACUAACAGGCCCCACUCGAGCUGUUUUGCUAUCUGUCGAUCCAACGUACGUCGAGGUUGAUCUGAAGGUGAAAGGUGUCGUCCAAUCCGAGGACAAAGAUUUAAGCUCUCUAGCGCUCUGUUACAGAAACCAGGGUGCAUCUAAAUCAUACAUGAUGUACCAUGAAGGGACCACCAACAAGCUCAGCACGCCAGAGCUAGCAUUUGCCCACAUCGUCAACUCUGUGGAGGCCACGAUCAGUGUGGAAGUCGUUUAUGGGGAUUGGCCGCGUGGCUUUCGAGGAGUUUUCACCGCCAACACCGCCAGCAUGGAUCACAUGAAAGUCACGUUGCUUGCAUUUGAAGACGGUAAAUUACUACCAAUGGACGGCCAUAGCAAUGUGGUCAAGCUUUCACGCCGCGUUGUCUGCGUCGAACUCCGUCGGCCAAAGAUGGCCAAGGUGAAGAAGCCAAAGCUCAAGAUUUCAGCGCAAGCUAUGCGUAUCAACAGGGAAAAUGAUGUAUGGAGAAAUGCUGUAGCUUUUACACCCGAGAAAGCAGGUAGAAGCCUGGGGACACUUAAAGUUGGCUCCUGUGAGAUGCAGGUGACCGUGGCAUGGUCCCUUCUCUCCACCUUCAAAUUUAGCUACGAUAGACGAUUACUAGAAGAGUAAGGUGAGAUUUGCCGUGCCAUGAUAUUGGAGUUUAACGUGAACUACACAUCAGCGCAUACAAAGAGCUAGGUUACAUGCAUGUAAUAAUGUUAGACUCGUGCGUGCAUAGGAUCAGUUGUUUGUCUGUUCUUUACGUGUGUACCUAUUUCACGUCAUUGAGGAGGAAUACAAUGACAAUG